ACACCAACAUCGACGUAUCCGACUCUAUAAAUUGGGGACUUAAAAGUCCUAAAUGCUAUAGCCAAAUACAUCACAACUACAGAAAUUAAAUAAGAAAAAAAAAAGAGAAGGGAAGAAAAUGUCGUCCGAAUGUCCUGGGAAGAACUCGUGGCCGGAGCUUGUGGGAACAAAUGGAGACUAUGCGGCUUCGGUGAUAGAGAGAGAGAACACCAGCGUCGAUGCUGUCGUGAUUUUGGAUGGAACUCCGGUGACCGGAGACUUCAGGUGCAACCGUGUCAGGGUUAGGGUUGAUAGAAACCGUAUCGUCGUCCAAGUCCCUACCACCGGCUAAGACGACAUGUAAAAUUACUAUAUAUGCGUAAUAAGAUGAAAUAAAGAAAUCUAUAAUAUAGACGACGAUGUGUGCUUGGUUGGCGAUCAUGUAUUAAAUAAUUAUCGUUCCCCGAACGGUUACUGAUGUCUAAACUUGUAUAAAUAAAUGUAUGUCUCUGGUUUUAAGUGAAUGCAAUUAGUGUUCCUAUA